GCCUGAUAUACCCUUCCGAUCUCUCGGUCAGGAACGUCCAAAUUUAACUCCCGCAGCCCCGCGGCUAAUGAAUCACUGAUCUACCCUUUCUCCCGCACAUUGUUGGUGUUCAGCUUUCUCUGUGUUGUUAUGGCACAGUAGCCACUUUCAAGCCGCAGCUGUCAGCUUCCAACUCUUAUAUCACACUAGGAAACUGCGUGGCAGGACAUCGCCGGUGGGAUUUAUUCCUCCUGACAUUCCACACCAGGACACAGCCUGACUAGGCUUUCUGCUAAACGCCCUUCAUUUGCCUUUUCUCUACUUUCACUUGCUCUUUUCCAAGCUGGUCUUGGAAUAACAUCCAUUGCAUUCCUUUCAAUCGACAAAUUUGCUUAGCACAUCGUGUGCAGUCCAGCCGACACAAAAUCUUCCGAAGUUCAGACUAGUAUUCAAAGCGCUUUCCUUCAUUGUGUCGUUCGUCAGACCCUUAUAUAUACACCUGUCGCAGUCAUGACUUCGACAACUUUAAUGACAUUCCUUCUCUGUACCAAUCCGCAGGUCAAGUCAGUCAAACUGCUAGGCUCAUGGGACAAUUUCUCCAAGCCCUACCUCAUGGAGCGAGACAGACGUGUUGGUCCGGGUCAGUGGAAGGGGUGUCAUACCUUCGCCAACAUCGUGUGCGAUGGUUCACCGGCCCACAUGAUUCCAGCACGUUCUGGUGGACUGAAGAUGGGAGGUACCUACUGGUAUUAUUAUCUGCUGGACAAUGAUGUGGAGUACUACAAUGAGGCAGAACCUAUUACCACCCAUUGUCCAUUUCUUCCAGGCCAGCCGGUCAAUGUUCUCAAUGUACCUGUUAUUCUUCCAGAUGCCGUCCCCGCACAUACCCACUCAAGAAACCCAAGUGCGCAAAGCGUGGUUCCUCAAACUAUGAACCCGGAUGAUAAGUACCUCAACCCUCGACGACCGCCCAAGCCUAGACCAACGCUUCCGCGCCUCCGAACGUCUCCUCCGUUGUUGGAGCAGCCAACCCCAGCCUGGUCGUUCAGCACUUCUCCGUUGGGAAUAAUCACCAACAGGAGCGCUUCGCAGCCCAGCAGUGCAACCCCGAAGGUCAGGGUCAACGAAGGACCCAGGGGCCCAGUGUUCAAGACCGCUCGGUCUGUAUCCCCUCCAAGAUCGAGAGGACUCCUCGCCGCAUUUCGACAGUGGAAUGUUUCGUCUCCUGAUCUUGGAGAACAUCAUGGACCAGAGAUUGCCAGACCUAGUCCAGACCGGGGGCCGUUAGAUUCAAAUCCUCAUAUACCUACUGGCCGUUUCGAUACCAGUAUUCAUCCGAACAUUGUCAUCAAUCGCCCGCCUUCCACCGGCUACGAUCAGUCUUAUAAUCAAAGAGUCUACACAGGCCAUCACUUGGCCCCGGCCGCUGCUGGUGAUCGCCAGUCAGUGCCCUCGAGUAUCCAUGAAAAGUCUCAAAAUCCCGCGGAGCAGCCACUCGUUGCUGAACAAGCAACACCACGCGCAAAAGCACGCGAUUUGAAGCAAAUGAAUGCGGUCGAAAGAUCACUCUGGGAAUCUUCUGCUUUGCUAGCGACGUCCAUCGGAUUCACGACAGCUGAGGAUCUGGCCAUGACGCCAAGGCCCUCUGUUACCAGGGAAAAGCGGCUGCCGACACUGCCGAACUCUCCAUCCUCGGUCAUGGACGAGGCGUUGCGCGAGAUUGAUGCUCGAGGAAAGGCUUUUGAUACGGAGGCUAUGGUUAGCCACUUCUCCGAUUUCACUGAUACGGACUCUGUGGCAGGUAGCUCGGUGUGUGAACGAAGCCAUUUCUCUGAGUGGAGUACCGAUACGGAACUUCUUUCUCCGGAGUCUAUGACAUGCUCAGCCCCAUUCGACCAAGACGUACCACCUCUUCCCGAUACCUACGUUUCAGGUUACGCCGAUUACCUGAAGACAUCAGUCGCAGGAGAGAUGAGUGACCCGGAUACACCUCACCUCACGGUGAAUUCCAAGUCUACAGCUACCUCCGUUGCAGGCGAUUCGCCUCUUCUUGAUCUUCCGCUCCCCCGUCUUUCUAUCUCGCUAUCGCCGUCCGAUCUCAGUUUGUCUGACCUGUGCAUCAACGAUGAGGAGGAUUGCGUGGAGAGUAACCCCAAGCGGCAUGCAGCGUUCUUCGGAGGAGUUGAGUCUAUUCAAGGCCUUGGCCUUCUACACAGCCCCGAUCCUACUGUAGUGGGCUUUCCAGAGCAUCUCAAGGAUGAGAUAAAGCUCUUGCAGGAGGAAAGGCGUGCUGUAUCAGAUCCGGUCAAUAACCGACUGAGCAGAGCGUCCCUAUUGGGACAAUCCGCCGCCAUGCGGGAAAUGAUGACUGAGCUCAGUUACCUCAAAGGUAUGAUUGAGUCAGGAGCCAGUGCGGAGAUAUAAGAUAUAAGCUUUGUCUUCCUUGAAGCCAUAUAUAUGUCGUUCACCUUAAGUGUUCUAGUGUAAUAUAAUUUGAGAAUAAUUCGAUUGCUUGAUGUCUGGC